CGCACCGAGCAGGAAGUGAAUGCAGAGCGAUAGUUCAAAGUAGUAACUCGAACAAAACACGCAUUAAUUUGUCAUUUUUAAAAAUAUAAAUACGUCCACAUUAAUUACUUCUUUAGCAUCCUUAAACUACGCGUGUAAAAGAACACAAGUAUAUAAUGUUUGAUUGAAAAUGAAAGUGAAACAACCGGCGAGUUGACGCCGAGGUGCAGCAGCUCCUCGUUUACGGGGAAAGUUUUCAAAUUUCAUUUCCUUCACAUCGCCACAUUUACAGCGAAAAUGGACCCGUUUUCUCCUGUGUUACUUAAGAUUUCGGAGGGUCUUACAGCAGAUAAUGUUGAGGCGAUGAAGUUUUUGUGUCCGGGUGUAGGGAAGAAAAAACUCGAGAAAAUCAACAGCGGGAUUCAACUUUUCCAAUGCCUACGAGAAAUGAACAAGAUAGGGGCUGACAACACGGAAUUCCUCCGACAGCUCUUAACACACAUCAAAAGGGACGAUCUCGUUGACAUAUUAGACAAUUUUGAAAGCUGUGGAGCGGGACCACAGGAUGAUCAACCGGAACCUGAGGAGCAGAGAAAACUGGACAUUGCAGUAGACGUCAUUUCUGAACACUUGGGAAGGAACUGGCGGAUGUAUGGUCGAAAACUUGGUAUUACAGACUCAAGACUGGACCAUAUAAGAGAAAAAUAUCCAUUCGAUCUGCAGGAGCAGGUGGUGGAACUUUUGAGGGAGUGGCGAAAACUGAAAAAGGCUGAGGCCAAGGUUGACGCUUUGAUAAGUGCGCUUCGCUUGUUGAACUUGAACUUCACCGCUGAUCUUGUUGAGAAAGAGCUCUCUUCAAGACAGUGAACCUUAUUUACAUCUUUGUCAAUGUUGUAUUGCACAAGGAAAUGUGAUUAAUAAUAUAAGUGGAUCCUCUCUUUGGUUUUGACAGUGGAGAGAUCUAUAUACUUGCUGUAGGUAAAUUUAGUAUCACCCUUACAGUGUUCUCAACAUUUUGCCACGGCCAUUGCAAGUGUUCUUGUAGAAAAGCAAGUCCGCCCUCAUUCCCUCUAGGUGGCGCUGGUGAUCUUAUGCUGUUGUUUGACUGAAAACUGGUGGUAAAUUAUUGAUGAAUGUUUUUCGCCAAUGUACGCACAUUCCUGUUGUAGGCCCACAGCCUUUAAAUUCGUAUAAGAUCAUUUUUUGACUCAAGUAUUUUUGAUUUUAUAUUUCCCAUAGCUCAGACAUUAGGAAACAUUGUAUUGCCUGAAUUGCAGAAAGUAUAUUCAGUUGAUGUACCAGAACGAGGACUGUGACCAUACUGUCCAUUGAGAAUUAAGGGAAUUUCAGUUUCUAAAUUUGGUUUAAAUUAUUAAAUACACGAAGUGUGUGCUCGAGAGAUGUGUUGCUUGAUGAGAGAUGAAGUCCAUAACUAAAGUAAAGCCUUAUGGCACAAUAUAGCUCACCUCUAAUUGAUGGAAAGUUAGAAUAGUGUAUACUGUUGAGGACGUGAUGUACCUAUGGUGACAUUAAGAUGCAGCAGCCUUAGCCAGCUGGAGAUUCUAUGAAUAUCGUGGACUUUGCUAAAUGAAUAAUGGUCAGAUUUUGCAUAUCAUUUUCCUUUGUUUUAUGGUGCCUUUUAUCUUAGGGAAUGAUUAAAUACACUGAAGU